UGGACCUUCUUGUUGGCACUCUACAACUCUCCCAAGGAAUGCCGCUUCCCUUCACCCUCCAAUCUUCUCCCAACUCAGAAAGUUCUCAGCUUUCUACUCUUCACUUUCACUUCAGCAAUGGCGACUCAUCCUUCCUCUCCCCAGGAGAUCCGGCACCGCGUAAACCAUUUCCUAACCAAGCUUUCCGACCGCGAUACCGAAGCCAUCGCCGUUGCUGAACUCUCUGCCAUUGCCCGUAGUCUCACUGCCGACUCUCUCGUCCCCUUCAUCUCCGCCGUAGGCGACGCUCGCCCCACAGAUAAAACCCCUCUCCGCCGCCACUCCCUCCGCCUGCUCUCCCUCCUCGCUCGCUCCCUCCCAUCUUCCUCCCUCUCCCCUCAUCUCCCCCGUCUCCUCGCUGCUGCUCUCCGCCGCCUCCGUGACCCUGAUUCAUCUGUCCGCGCCGCUCUAGUGGAUGCCGUACGCUCCCUUGCUGCCAUUACUCCGGCUGCCGCUCUCGUUUCCACCCUCCUCCGCCCCCUCGCCGACGCCCUGUUCCAUGAACAGGAUAUUCACCCCCAAUCCGUUUCCGCGCUUUCCCUCUCCGCAGCCCUAGAAGAAUGCAACCGCGAGGAUAGCGAAGAGCUCUCCUUCUUUCUACAACGUCUAGUCCCGCGCCUGGUGAAGCUCGCUCGGAGUCCGGCAUUCAAGGCAAAGCCGGCUGUUUUGGCGCUUCUCGGAAAUAUAAGUCUUGCUACCUGUGGGAUAGGAGAUCCCGAGCUAGCGGCGCUGGUUAAUUGCCUUGUUGAGUUUCUCGGACACGAGGACUGGGCGGCUCGGAAUGCUGCUGCCAUGGCGCUUGCUCACCUCGCGGCGAUGGAAAAGGAGCGACUUUGCAGGUUUAAGCAAUCUUGCCUUGCGACUUUUGAGGCCCGGCGAUAUGAUAAGGUGAAGGUCGUGAGGGAUUCGAUGAAACGGAUGCUGGAGGCGUGGAAGGACAUCCCAGAGGAAGACCUGGAUAUGCCGAAGCCACUAUCUGAAUCACAGUCGAGCUCUUAUCUCAAAGAGACUGGCAAUGAUAGAAGAUGCCAAGCUACUUCAAUUAAUAGUUCUUUAUCUGCUUCCAAAAAGAUAAGAAUUCCCAACUGCAGAUCACCGCCGAAUGCAGUAACUCCAAUUGGUACUGCAAAGAAGAUUGUGAUUGAUCAGAGGAAAAAUUCAAGAAUGAUUGAUCAGAAGAAAAACUCAGAUUGGAGAGUUGAGAUUGCUGAUGCUCCUUCUUGCAAAGCUGAAAGUGAGAAUAGCGUGACAAGUAAGGAGAGGGGUUUAAAGAGUUGUCAGCAAGAGAGAUCUGAUAGCAAUGGAAGAUCUAGAUUGGAGGUGAAGAGGGCGCUUUUUGAGAAGAAUUGGGAGGAUAAAAAGAUUGGUAGCUUGAAAUCUGUCUCUCGGAUUGUGCCAUUUGAGGAGACUGGAAAAGAGACGAUGAAUGAAACUACUGUGGCCACUGAAAAGUUCCAUGGAGAGCAGAAGGAUGGUGAUUUUUCUUUGAUCCGGAUGCAGUUGGUUCAGAUUGAGAACCAGCAGUCCAGCUUACUUAGCCUCCUCCAAAGAUUCAUUGGAAACUCACAGAAAGGCAUUCAUUCACUGGAAGCAAGAGUUCUCAACUUAGAACUAGCACUAGAUAAUAUGUGUCGAGAUAUAGCUUCAGCUUCUGCUUCAGCUUCUUCUGGGAGAGUAGUAAUGAACAAAGAUCAAGAAGCUCAAAUGUGUUGCAGGUUACCAGGCACAGAGUUCUUCAGUCCAAAAUUUUGGAGGAGAGCAGAGAGUAGAUAUACUUCAAGGUUCUUAACUUACAAGCAGGGAGCUCAGUUUGGACUAAGUGGGGGAUUCAUUAACCCCUUGGCUGAAGCAAAUCAUCAAACAUUGGGUAACACAAGUCGGUAUAAUGGAACUAAGGUUGUCUAAGAUGGCUCUACAUUGAAAUUUUCUUCUCAACUGAGUAUAGGGCUCAUAAGGUUAAAUAUGCAAAUCAUGAGCAAGGAUCUUUGUUGAUGCAAUCUGCAAAAAAAUAUUUUGCAUUUUUUUGUUUUUGGGUUAAAUUAUUUGUUUGCUAUUUAUGGUGACAAUGAGGUUCUUUU